CCGGCAGCCCCACGGGGGCCGGCCUCGGGCUCGAUCCCCAGUCCCUGGAAAUCGUCGGCCGUUGGAUCUCCAACCCGGAUCUUCUUCGCCAUAUUACCUUAUCCCUCUCCAUCGACCUGAGGGAAAUCGAAAUUGAGUGUUAGAGAGAUAGCUGGAGCAAUCAAUGGAGCUUCCAAAGAAUAAGGGAGCACUGAAAGCUGUGGUGGUGGGAGGGAGCAUAGCAGGUCUAUCAUGUGCCCAUGCCUUAGUUACUGCAGGGUGGCAAGUUACAGUUAUUGAGAAGUCCCGAGUCGCACCAUCUGGAAGUCCCACAGGUGCUGGGCUAGCGCUCGAUCCUCAAUCUCGAGAGCUCCUUGGCCAUUGGAUCUCCGACCCAAGUUUCCUUGAUGAUGCUACUUUCCCCCUUCCAAUUGACGUGAACCGAGCAACAGAUAGUGAGAAGAAGAUAAGCUGGAUGCUGACAAGAGACGAGAAUUUCAACUUCAGAGCGGCCCACUGGGCCGAUCUCCACUCAAUUUUACACAAGGCUUUGCCAGCCGGAAUAAUUCUCUGGGGUCAUCAGCUCUUCUCUUUUCAAAUUUCUCCUGACAAGUCUUCUGUUAAAGCUAAAGCUAGAGUAAUCCAAACAAAUGAUGUUGUGGAAAUUGUUGGGGAUUUGCUUGUCGCAGCUGAUGGGUGCCUGUCAAGUAUCCGCCAGCAUUUCCUUCCAGAUUUCAAGCUGAGGUAUUCAGGCUACUGUGCAUGGAGAGGAGUGUUAGAUUUCUCAGGAAAAGAGAGUUCAGAUACCAUAGCUGGAAUUCACAGGGUUUAUCCAGAACUUGGGAAUUGCUUGUACUUUGAUUUGGCUCGUGGAACACAUUGUGUUCUCUAUGAGCUGAAAAACAAGAGGCUGAAUUGGCUUUGGUACAUCAAUGGACCUGAACCAGAACUAAAGGCAAACUCACUGACUACGAAAGUAAGCGACGAGAUGACUAAAAAGAUGCAUGUAGAGGCGGAGAAGGUCUGGCUACCUGAAUUGGCUAAGGUCAUGAAAGAAACAAAGGAACCUUUCAUCAAUGUAAUAUAUGAUAGUGAGCCUCUUCCGCAGCUCUUUUGGGACAAUGUAGUAUUAGUUGGAGACGCAGCUCACCCGACAACUCCUCAUGGCUUGAGAAGCACCAACAUGUCAAUCCUAGAUGCUGAAAUUUUGGGCCAGUGCCUUGAGAAGUGGGGAUUGGAGAAUCUAGGUUUAGCUCUGAAGGAAUACCAGAUGAUCCGGCUUCCAGUGAUCUCGAUGCAAGUGCUCCAUGCACGGAAGUUAGGACGUGUGAAACAAGGUCUAGUUCUUGAUGAUCAGAAGACUUUUGAUCCGACGAUGGCCGCUCCAGAGGAAUGCCUGCAACUUCAGCAGAGAAGCAUGCCUUACUUUGAAAGUGCUCCUCUAUUACCACUCCCAGCUAGUUCUAUGCUUCUAUUGAAUACAACGCUGUAAGUUACUGCGAAAGAAAAGAGUUUUUAUUUGUUGAGCUUGAGCAGUGAUGCUUCAUAAAUUCUGAAAAUGGAGGAGUGGUAAUGGAUUAAAUCA